AUGAGUACUGAAGCAGAACAGCAGCUUCUCCAUGAUGCUAGAAAUGGAAAUGCUGAAGAAGUUAAACAGCUGUUGGAUACCAUGGACAAAGGAGAAAUAAGCUUUGAUAUCAACUGUAAAGGCAGAAGUAAAUCUAAUAUGGGUUGGACACCACUUCACCUUGCAUGCUACUUCGGCCAUGCUGUUGUGGUAGAGGAUUUGCUGAAGGCUGGUGCAGAAGUGAAUGUGCUGAAUGACAUGGGGGACACUCCACUCCAUCGUGCAGCUUUCACAGGACGUAAGGAGGUGGUGAUGCUACUCUUGCAGCAUAAUGCUGAUACUUCUAUUGUUAAUGGGAGUGGAGAGACUGCAAAAGAAGUUACUCAUGAUAAAGACAUAAGAAACAUGUUGGAAGCAGUGGAAAGGACACAAGAAAGGAAAUGGGAAGAAGAACUCUUGGGAGCAGCAAGAGAGGGGGAAACGGGGAAACUGACUGCCUUGCUGAACAAGCCCAAACCACCUGAUAUCAACUGUACAGAUCAGAUGGGGAACACACCAUUGCACUGUGCAGCAUACCGUGCCCAUAAGCACUGUGCAUUGAAACUUCUAAAAAACGGAGCAGAUCCUAAAAUAAGAAACAAAAAUAAUCAGACACCCCUUGAUCUAGCCCAAGGUGCAGAAAUGAAACUGAUACUUGGAGGUAAAACUGGAAAGGUUAUCAACAAACCCCUGAGACGAUAUGAAGGUCUCCUAUGGAAGAGCUCUCGAUUUUUUGGCUGGAAACUCUACUGGAUAGUUCUAGAACAUGGAGUCCUUUCCUGGUAUCGGAGACAAGCUGAUGCAGUAAAUAAUGAUCAUCGUCAGGGAUGCAAGCAUCUAACACAAGCUGUCUGCACGGUAAAAUCUACAGACAGUUGCUUCUUUUCUGUCAGAUGUUUUGAUGACACUGUUCAUUGUUUCAAGAUUCCUAAAAAUAGCCUGCCUUCUCAAACUAGAGAGAGUUGGCUGGAAGCAAUAGAAGAACACUCUGCAUAUAGCACUCAUUACUGCACACAGGAACAGUUGAGUAGUGAUGAUGAAGAUGAUGAUACAGUAUCUGUUGCAGACCUACAGGAUACUCUGAAAAAAGCACAAGCAUGCCAACAAAGACUCAGUAAAGAGAUUUCAGACUUUCUUGCAAUGGUUAAAUCUUUGGAUGCUGCAAAAGGAUUAUCUUCUCCCCUCCUGCAAAAAGUUGGUGUGGUCUCUGAAGUAUCCCAGGAAAUGUGUGAGGCCCUGGCUGACUGCCUCAACCUAUUCACAAAGCAAGAAGGG